AUGUUCAACAGUAGUCUGCCAGCUGGUGGUAGUAUCAGUUCGGCAUACGUCGGCCCAAAGUCGUACGCCGAAUUCCCGGGAGUGGAGAAGAUUAUCCUUAGUGUGAUACUGAGUAUCUUCUGCGUUGUUGGUACUAUCGGGAAUGCGUUGGCUUUCAUUAUCUACUACCGCAAGAGAGAGAAGGGAACCUCCACCAUCUUCAUCCUCAGCCUGGCUGUGACCGACUUCCUCACCUGUCUCAUCAACCUGCCUUACAGCAUUGCCGCCAUCUUGCUCAACUACAGGCUGGAGUAUGAUAUCGUCUGCAGGCUGUUCCUGUACAUUCAGACGUCGAAUGUGCCCCUGUCAUCGCUGAUCAUGGUUGCUAUUGGCAUCGACCGCUACCUGUGUAUCUGCCACCCGUUCCUUCACAUCGUCACGGUACGCCGGGCAAAGAUUUCCGUCGUUGUCCUCACCAUCAUCGCCGGUCUCACGGGAAUCAUUCCAGCCUUAUCGCAUUCUGUAUUCAGGAAAACACAAAAUGAGACAGUGUCGUCCAACUCGUCCAAUGAAACAUUCGAAUAUUUCUCUAGCAACGGGUCGGAAGCCACGAGUCCCGUCUUCAUGUCGCAGCUGUUAACUAAUGGCCUGCUUCUGGAGCCCGCUGCCGAGUUUGUCAGCGACAUUCUCAAACAUGGUGCCCCGGUCAACCCCCAGACUGACAAUAUAGAUGUUCUGUCGACAACACCAUCAUUGCCCACAUCGUCGAUAUAUCCUAGCACGACGACACCUGUUAUAGAUUCAACUACAACAGAAAACGCCAGCGACAUAUUCCCAGACGAAUACUACAUCGGUAUGUGCGUAGAAAAUGAGGAUACGAUCAGUGAAAAUAUUUCUAAAACUUUCCAGAUUACAUAUGCCGUUUCUUUUCUCUUUGAACUUCUCAUCUUAGCGCUCCUGUAUGCUUUGAUAUACAGAUCUAUUUUGGCCCGAAGAGCUUGGAAGAUCAAGCGGAAACGGAUGAGUUGCUAUGCCAGCACGAACUGCCCAGAAACCAUCGCGGAGGAGACCCAACUCACAAACAUUAACGGGGGGAAUGGCGAAACGAUUGUUCUCAAGAAGAACCCGGGUCGAUUCUCGUCAGCCAUGCGGGAUAGGACUUUGCACGCCAACAUUAAAACUGCUGCUAUGCUUUUCGUGGUGACGAUUGGAUUCGUGGUCUCUUUUGUCCCCUCCUGGCUGAUGGGAUUGCGGAUUGUACCUAUUCAACUGAGUGUAUUCUACAUGUUUUAUAUAAACAACGUCAUCAACCCUUUUAUUUAUGCCUUCAUGAACCGCACUUUCAGAGAGGAUCUGUUUCAGCUUGUGAAAAGUAUGUUUCGACAUUAG